AUGGACAAUGCAAUGAAAGACGGAUCCGAAGUCAUAACGUUCACUGAUAUUGACGCUGAUCGUCAAACGGGCCCUCGAAUAAUAAGAGCACUUGUUGUGGACAAUGAUGACCACAUUCGAAAGACUCAUGAAGAUAUUUUGAAAACACUUGAUGUGGAAACUCGUUCAGUGAAAACUGGCCAAGAAGCCUUAGAAAUAAUUUCUUAUGAUCGGAUCUAUGACCUAAUCCUCAUUCGUAGGACUUUGCCCGUCAAAGAUGGAAUUGAGGUGACAAAGAUGCUGCGAACCAUGGAGUACCCUGGAACUAUUAUUGGUGUGUCACAUUAUCCCCUUACAGAAGAACAAGCGAAAGAAUUUUAUGGAGCAGGGCUAGAUGGUUGCAUUGAUUAUGAGACACCGUUGAGAGCUAAAACGGUUGAAUCACUGGUUAGCAGUAUUCCACCUCCCCAACCCUGGCAGAAAAGAGUUAAUUAUAAUGUAGAAUACAAUUCUUUUUUCCGUCCUGAUUCUCCUUUUCGUUUUGGCCAGAUUUAUCAUUCAAGUUCUGGUCCUGGUUCAGGUUCAAGUUCUUGCAAAUCUCGCAAAUCUCACAAAUAG